AUGGCAGAAAGGGAACGACGCCAGACGACCAAGGGUAUCUGGAUGUCGAAGAACAAGAAUGGAGGAGAGGUUUCCGCAGAUCACAGUGCGCGCAUGGCGGAUAACAUCCUCGUUAUGGAUGUCGAGGGCACCGACGGUCGGGAGAGAGGAGAGGACCAGGACUUCGAGCGCAAAAGUGCUCUCUUCGCCCUCGCUACCAGUGAAGUGCUUAUUGUGAAUAUCUGGGAGCACCAGGUCGGUCUAUAUCAAGGCGCAAACAUGGGUCUACUCAAGACUGUCUUUGAAGUCAAUCUGCAAUUGUUCUUGAAGGACAAGAACACUACUCAUCGAUCCCUCCUCUUCUUUGUGAUUCGUGAUUUCGUCGGCACAACGCCUCUUCAAAAUCUCCAGACCACCUUGAUGGAAGACAUGUCUCGUCUUUGGGAUUCGAUCUCCAAGCCUCCUGGUCUGGAAAACUCGAGUGUGCAUGACUAUUUUGAUUUCCAAUUCUAUGGGCUUCCCCAUAAGAGCUACCAACCAGAACAGUUCGUUGCUGAAACCAAGAAACUCAGCCUGCGCUUCCGCGAGGGGCAGAGGGAUCCGGCAAUGGAUGCGCGCAGAGGUAAAUUCUCCGAGGGAGGCGUCUUCCUUCCCGAAUAUCAUCGGCGCAUACCUGCAGAUGGCUUCUCAAGAUAUGCGGAGGGAAUUUGGGAUCAGAUUGUGAACAACAAGGAUCUCGAUCUGCCCACCCAGCAGGAGCUACUUGCGCAAUUUCGCUGCGAUGAGAUCAUGAGGGAAGUAAUGCUUGUUUUCGAUGAAGCUAUUACUCCGUUCGAGGAGAAGCAGUCACAAGCUGCCCGGCUUGGAGAACCAGAGGUGCUCGGGGGCCUUGGGGCUGCCAUGCGCUCAUCCCGGACGAAGGCAAUCAAUGAAUUUGAGAUCGAGGCAAGCAGAUACCACAAGGGUGUUUACCAACGCAAGCAGGAGGAGCUUGAAGACAAGAUCGACACUCGUCUUAAAGCCCUCUUGCAAGGUCAACUUAAUGCUGCGCACAAAUCGGGUAUAAACGAGUUCACCGAGGCAGUGUCUGCUGCUGUGAAGAUGGGCCAAAAGCACGGCACAGGGUAUGACUUUGCCGAGAUUGUCAAUGGUGAGGUGAGGAAAGCUGUCGCGAAAUACGAGGACGUGGCUCGGUCAACUGUUGUGGAAAGCACCAGCUGGAGAGACUAUAGCCAAGAGCUAUCUUUGUACGAAAAGGAGCUUGCUGAAGUCAGCGGCCGGUUGAGAAGGGAGGAGAUGCGACGCCUGGCCAGCCGUGUGGAGCGUUGGGUCCAGUCUCGCCUGGGGGAUUCAGUUGGUCUCGAAUUCAAUGCCCUCGGGUCUGGACGCGCCGGUGGCGGUGCGCCAGAAUCCGGAGAGAAGCCUUCUGAGAAGGCUUUCUGGGAUCGGAUCUGGAAUGUGUUUGUGGAGACAGUCCUCGAUGCCGAGCGUAGGUUCACAGACCGUGCCAGCAGCUUCGACGCCAGCUUGGAGGAAGUGGACGUGGGACUCUGGAGACUUCGCCGCAAGUCCUGGGGUGUUCUGCGCGCAAAGGUCGACGAGGAGAUGACUGAGGGAAAUCUAUUGCUAAAGCUGCGGGAGAACUUCGAGGACAAGUUCCGGUACGACGACGCUGGAGUCCCUAGAAUCUGGCGACCAACCGAUGAUAUUGAGGGCAUCUACACCCGCGCACGCGAGUCGACCUUGACUCUGAUUCCUCUCUUGUCUCGCUUUCGACUAGCAGAAACAUCGGCUCCGCCUCCACUUGAUCGCUGGAUCGGCCAUACUCCAAGCUCCGCCACCCCAGCGGAUGAGGAAGACCUGCCACCCAUCGGUGGUGUCGAUGAGGAGGAAGGGAAGAGCUUGGAGGAAGAGAUGACGAUCUUGAGCGAGGCCAAGAGCCAGGAGCUCACUGUCAGAUUCAAGAAGUCCGCCGACGGCGUGUAUGUCGAGGCGAAGCGGAGUGCCAUUGGCGGCAUGACUCAAGUGCCUCUGUAUUUCUAUGGUCUUCUCCUUGCUCUAGGAUGGAACGAGAUUGUGGCAGUACUCCGCAAUCCGGCUUAUUUCUUCCUUCUGUUUGUAUGUGCCGUAGGAGCAUAUGUCACUUACCAGUUGAAUCUUUGGGGUCCUAUCAUCAAGAUGACCGAGGCCGCAUCGAAUCAGGCACUGGUUGAAGGCAAAAAGCGCCUACGCGAGUUUCUUGAAUCGUCCGAUACUGGACGCCAAGCUAUUGCCAUGUCAACCUCUGGAGCGGGUUCAGGGCGCUCUGGUGAGCAGUACGAGAUGUCUGAUUUCAGCCAGAAGAGCAAGACGGCAUCACCAGCCGACGAAGACACGGAUACUUUGUGA